CAAUCAAUAACACGUAACCAUUUGAGUUUUGUAAAGGAUCACAGAAGGAAGAUUUCAAAAAGAAAACCACUUGUUUCGUGUUGUGGAAUGGUGCCCUCGAACCAGGAUUGUGAUGAAGUUUUCUCUGAAGAGGAGACACGAUUGGAGAAGCUGGUCGCUCCUCAAGCAGAGCCCAGGGAGUACAAAGUGGUGUACAGGAAUAUAAUAGUGUUCAUUUACUAUCACAUAGCAGGAAUAUACGGCCUAUACCUUGGACUGACCGCAGCUAAAUGGGCCACAGUAAUUUCAGCAUUAAUUACUUACUGCGUUGGUGCUAUUGGCGUGACAGCAGGAAGCCACCGACUCUGGUCCCACAAGUCGUACAAAGCCACGAAACCACUGCAGCUAUUCCUGAUGCUGUGUCAGUCGGUGUCCAACCAAAAUUCGGUGGCACAUUGGGCCAGGGACCAUAGAUUGCACCACAAAUACAGCGAUACCGACGCUGACCCGCACAACGCGACCCGUGGGUUCUUUUACUCGCACGUGGGGUGGCUGAUGGUGAGGAAGCACCCUGAAGUCGUAAAAAGGGGGAAGCUGCUCGAUUUGUCCGAUAUUUAUGGAAAUCCCUACCUCAAGUUCCAGGACACACAUUCCUAUUGGUUCAUUCCGGUAAUGUCGUUCUUGUUACCAACGAUCAUUCCUAUUUACUUCUGGGGGGAGACCUUCAGCGUCGCGUGGAACGUCAACAUGUGCAGAUACGUCAUGAACCUUAACGCCGCAUUCUUGGUGAACAGCGUGGCCCAUAUGUGGGGAUACAAGCCUUACGACAAGAACAUUGCCCCUUCACAGAGCCGUACGUUGUCUGUACUGACCCUGGGCGAGGGUUUCCACAACUACCACCACGUCUUCCCUUGGGACUAUAGGUCCGAUGAGUUAAGCUCAUUAAGGGUCAACCCUACUUCUAUGUUUAUAGAGCUGUGCGCGAAAUUGGGGCUGGCGUAUGACCUGAAGACCGCUUCAGAUGAGUUGAUCGAGGGUAGAGCCAAGCGGACCGGUGAUGGAAGUUAUCUGAUCCAGAAAGAGCAAAUAAGCAAGCGUUUUUGAUCGUAGUUGCUUGGAUGGAUGGACGAGCUCACAGCCCACAUGGUGUUAAGUGGUUACUGGAGCCCAUAGACAUCUACAACGUAAA